AUGCAUCUGUCGUGGCUGUUGGUUGCAUGGGCAUGCCUUGUCGGACGGGCACUGAGCAUCGAUGUCGCCUCUUUUCUCUCGCAAAUUCCCGACUGUGCAGGAAGCUGUCUGCUGGACUUGGCAGCCAACUCAACAUGUGGAAUCGACGUCGAAUGUCUCUGCGCCGACCCUAACCUACAGACCGUUGCCGCAAGCUGCGUUCAGAGCAAAUGCUUGCCCAGGGAGGCACUUUAUACGCUCAACGUGACCUCGGUGGCCUGCGACUAUCCCAUACGCGACCGACAUCAAAAGUUCGAUACUCUAGGCAUCUGCCUCGGCGUGAUCACCACACUCGUCGUUGGUGCACGACUCUUCCAGAAGUUGAGGUUCGAGAGGCUAUUGCGGGCAGAUGAUUACAUGAUCAUCAUUUGCUGGGUGACCUGUAUCGGCAACACCAUCAGCUGUGUCUACGGUCUGUCCGGAAAUGGGUUUGGAAGGGAUGCAUGGACGAACAGCCCGUACACCAUCAGCGAGUUCCUUCGCUAUGUCUACAUCGGCCAGACCUUCUACGCGACCGACGUCUUCCUGACCAAAAUAUGCGUCCUACUCUUCUACCUACGAAUCUUCCCCGUGCGAUCGGUACAAAUACUUAUAUGGACAACAAUUGGAGUCGCGGCUCUCAGCAUGGUGGUCUUCAUUGUUCUGGCAAUUGCGCAGUGCCAACCAAUUAGUUUCUUCUGGAAUGGAUGGGAUAAACUGCAUGACGGACACUGCAUUGGAAUCAAUCCAUUGGCUUGGUCAAUUGCCGCAGUCUCCAUCGCCAUGGACUUUUGGGUGCUUGCAAUCCCAGUCUUCCAGCUGUUGCAACUCCAGAUGAAGUGGCAGAGGAAAUUGGCUGUUGCUAUGAUGUUUCUCGUCGGUACCUUUGUCAGUAUCGUCAGCAUCAUCCGACUCCAAUUUCUCGUUGCUUUUGGCAAAUCCACCAACCCCACAUGCAUUCCCAAGACUCAACAGCCAGAACGAUUCCAGACCAUCAAAGAGCACGAGUUCGUCGAGGAAAUUCGGUGUAUCACCGCAUGUUAG